AUGACCCCGCGGCCGCCCCUCCUCCUCCAGCUCCUGCCCCUCGCCCUCCUCCUCCUCGCCAUUGCCUUGCCCGGCGCUUCCGCCUCGUCCACGCUCGCCGUCUCGGCGUCCUCCACCUCCCCGACCGUCUGCGGCGUCGACGCGUACAACGGCACCGUCUACUGCGCCGCGCUCCCGGGCUCCUCCUCCAACAACGCCUCGUCCGCCUCCUCCCCUGUCGCGGAGUCCAUCAUCACCUUCGCCGAGGUCUCCGCGGGGCGAGGCUUCGUGUGCGGCCUACAGGCCGGUGGCGCCGCGCUCUUCUGCUGGCCGUCCACGCCCGCGCCGCAGUGGGGGCAGCUCCGCCGGCUCUACAACGGGCCCAGCCCGCUCGCGGACCUCGCCGUCGGCGGGGACCACGUCGCGGCCUACGAAGCCAACGCCUCCGCCUCUGACUCCGGGAGGGUCCUAUGGUGGCGCGGCGGGGACCGGUUCCCCGCGCAGGCCGACGGCGGGUUCCGCUCGCUCGUCUCCGGGGAUGGCUUCACCUGCGCUGUCGAGACCAACGCGUCCGCCGCCGUCCGAUGCUGGGGCCCGCAGGGUAGCCCCGUGCAGGCGGGCCUCGCCAACGCGACCGCCGCGCCGUACCUCGCCGCGGGGGGCGCCCGAGCAUGCACCGUCCUCGCCUCCGGCUCCGCGCUCUGCUCGGGCUCCGACGACGUCGGCGCGGCGGCGAACGCCUCGGCCGCCGGCGCGCUGCCAAUGGACCUCUUCGGGUACGGCCUGGCCGUCGGCGACUCCCACGCGUGCGCGCUCCGCCGGCCCAACCACACCGCCGUGUGCUGGAGCCUCGGGGGUCCCACCACCACCCUAUACGAGCCGGCGCUCGGGAUCUCCUUCCUGUUCCUCGCCGCCGCCGGCAACUUCACCUGCGGCGUCGCGUCCAUCGACUACAGCGUGUACUGCUGGUCCGCGGGCGCCGAUGCCGCGCCCGUGCCGCUGCCGAAGAUACGACCCGGCGUCUGCGUCAGCAACGUCAGCUCCUGCCGCCGCGGGUGCGGCUUCAUGCCGGGGUCGCAGCAGCUCUGCGGGGGCUCCAGCGGGAUCUGCGACGCGCUCGUCUGUGACGCUUCGCCGCCGACGCCUGCUCCCCCGCCUGCUUCGCCGCCUCCUCCGCCUGCGCCGUCGCCGUCGUCGGGUAGGCGCGUGUCCAAGGCCUGGAUCGCGUUCUGCGUCGUCGGCGCGGUGGGUGGCUUCGCGGGGCUCUGCUCCAUCGUCUACUGCCUCGUCUUCGGUUUCUGCAGCAACAAGCGGGUGCACAACUCGGUGCAGCCCAACAUCACCACAACCGCCGCGGGCGCGGGCGCGGGCGCCGACACUAACAACGGCGGCGGGGGUGGCGCGGCGGGCGGGAGCCCGUACGGGUCGCCGAACGGGUCGCGGGCGCGCAGCCUGUUCCGGCGGCAGCUGUCGCGCGUGAUGACGCGGCAGCGCAGUGGCCCGUCGUCGUUCAAGGACCCCACGGAGGAGUUCACGUUCGCGCAGCUGGAGGCGGCCACCAAGGGGUUCGCGCUGGAGGCGAAGAUCGGUGAGGGCAGCUUCGGCACCGUGUACAGAGGCAAGCUCCCCGACGGGCGGGAGGUGGCCAUCAAGCGCGCCUGCGAGUCGGGCCCCCGCGCGCGGCGGUUCCAGGAGAAGGAGAGCGCGUUCCGGUCGGAGCUGGCGUUCCUGUCCCGGCUCCACCACAAGCACCUCGUCGGCCUUGUGGGCUACUGCGAGGAGAACGAGGAGCGGCUGCUGGUGUACGAGUACAUGAAGAACGGCGCGCUCUACGACCACCUGCACCCAAAGCCGGGGGCGGCGCCGUCGCCCGUGGCGUCGUCGUGGAAGCUGCGCAUCAAGAUCCUGCUGGACGCGUCCCGCGGCAUCGAGUACCUGCACUCGUACGCCGUGCCGCCCAUCAUCCACCGCGACAUCAAGUCGUCCAACAUCCUGCUGGACGGCGGGUGGACGGCGCGCGUGUCGGACUUUGGUCUGUCACUAAUGGGCCCCCUGGAGCCGUCGUCGGAGGACGACGACGCCUCCGCCACCGCCGCCGCCGCCACGAGGUCUCGGUCUCGGUCGCGGUCGCGGUCGCAGUCGCAGCACCUGACGGUGAUGAAGGCGGCCGGCACGGUGGGGUACAUGGACCCGGAGUACUACGGGCUGCACCACCUCACGGUGAAGAGCGACGUGUACGGGUUCGGCGUGGUGAUGCUGGAGUCGCUGACGGGGCGGCGCGCCAUCUUCAAGGAGGCCGAGGGCGGGAGCCCCGUGUCCGUGGUGGACUACGCCGUGCCCAGCAUCGUGGGCGGGGAGCUCGUGAAGGUGCUGGACCGGCGCGCGCCGGAGCCCGCGGCGCACGAGGCCGAGGCCGUCGAGCUGGUCGCGUACACCGCCGUGCACUGCGUCCGGCUCGAGGGCAAGGACCGACCAGCCAUGGCCGACAUCGUGGCCAACCUGGAGACGGCGUUCGCGCUAUGCGAGGGAAGCGCCGGCGGCGGUGACCGUGGAGGUGGCGGGUUCGGGAACAGCUCCUCCAGUGCUAGCCUCCCCUCCGUCACGUCGAUGGACCGGUCGGGAGCCCUGUGA